UUGCUAAAACAAAAGAUUAAGCUGGUUUGCCAGCUACCUCGUCUUCCCAGAAAAGAAAAGAUAUUUACAACCCGUUUAAGUCCCAAUAUUUAGGAGUUGUUCUUCCUCGCCAACAUUCUCUUUUUCCCAAAGUCUCUUCAUAGUUCAUUCUCUUUUUUCCCCUUAACCAGAUACAGUUAUUUUUUCCAGAUUAGAAACUGAACUUGGUGAAUUUUAUCAAAGUUGGACCUGAAAAUGGUUUCUGAAUUGAUAAAUGCCAACCCUAUUGUGUAUGAGAAGAAGGAGCGUCGAGAUAGGAGUGCUCCAAGUGUUGAGGAUGAAUAUACAGCUGAACCUAUCGACCAGCUAGAGAUUUUUGACCAUAUUAGAGAUAUAAAAGAUCCAGAGCAUCCCUAUUCUCUGGAAGAGCUGAAAGUUAUAACAGAAGAUGCUGUUGAGGUAAAUGACGAGCGAAGCUAUGUAAGGGUCAGAUUCACGCCUACUGUUGAACAUUGCAGCAUGGCGACCGUUAUUGGAUUAUGCUUGCGCGUGAAACUUAUGCGAUGUUUGCCUUCCCGUUAUAAGGUGGAUAUUAGAGUAGCACCUGGGAGUCAUGCCACGGAAGCUGCAGUAAAUAAGCAGUUGAACGACAAAGAACGGGUAGCUGCAGCAUUGGAGAACCCUAACCUUGUCGACAUGGUUGACGAAUGCCUUGCUCCAUCUUAUGCAUGAGAAAGUCUUUGUUCAGUAUAUGGAGAUACAACCUGAAAGUCUUUCCUCGUGGCAUAUUAGGUGUUGUUGUUUUUAAACCUCUUUUCAUUGGUUUUAUUUAAUUCAUUAGAUUAAUAAGGUUGUUCUUUAGUUAAACUGUGAAAUCACAAUGUAGUGGCUGGUAUGACUUAUGAGAUAGGCUGUAUCUUUAUGAAGAGAUGUAUUGCAGUAUUUAUGUCAUCUUACUUGGUAUUUUCAGCCUGUAAA